AUGGCUACUGAUAACUUCGUUCAACCUGCCAUCCUGCGCUUUGAUGGUCACUAUGACCAUUGGAGUAUGUUGAUGGAGAACUUCUUGAGGUCCAAAGAAUAUUGGCAGGUCGUCUCCAACGGAAUAGUAGAACCAGCAGCAGGCACAGCAGUGACAGAUGCACAGAAAACAGAAUUAGAAGGACAAUGUUUCAAGGAUCUCAAAGCGAAAAAUGAUCUUUUCCAAGCCAUUGAUUGUUCAAUCUUGGAAACCAUUCUUUGCAAGGAUACGUCCAAGCACAUCUGGGAUUCCAUGAAGAAAAAGUAUCAAGGUUCGGCAAGGGCAAAGAGGCAGCAGCUUCAAGCACUUCGUUCGGAGUUCGAUACACUACGAAUGAAAUCGGGAGAGUUGGUCACAAAUUACUUUUCACGGACAAUGGCAAUCAUCAAUAAGAUGUGGAUCCAUGGCAACAAGACGGAGGACGUCACCAUAGUAGAGAAGAUCCUUCGAUCCAUGACACCAAAAUUUAAUUUUGUUGUUUGUUCCAUAGAAGAAUCUCAUGAUAUUGAUGAACUUUCAAUUGACGAAUUACAAAGUUCUUUGAUGGUUUAUGAGCAUAAAAUCAACCAGUAG